CACAAUAAAUAGUAUUUCAUCACCCUCAAAGCGUCAGUAUCUUGCUUGAAACCUUACCAGCGUUUCUAACGUAUAACAGGAAUACUUUAAAUUUAUUGAUAGAAAAUUUCUGUUUUGAAGUUUGUGUCUAUCACUAGAAACUUUCAUAGUUUCAAAAACAUAUUAAGUGCUUAUUAUUAGUGAAAACAAAUAACAGUUCUAAAUAUCACUAAGAGGGAAACAAUUUGUGAACUGAAGUGUCUUUGCAUGAAACACAAUAAACUUUAAAAUACAUAAAUCUCGGUGAAAAUAAAGUUACAUUCCGCAUUUUAUUUUAUUCAUCAUUGUUUUACAUCGAUCGGAAUUUGAUCUCAACAUAACACUAUGGCCUUCAGCAUUCUUAAAGCUCUGACACUUUUGGUUGUGGUAAGUCAGGCGGUGUUUUGUCAAGAAAACAGUGAAACAAAUGUACAGGACAAUUCUACACUGCAUACAAAUGCAACAACGGCAAAUAGGUCAACGUCGGAAAACGCAGCGACAACGGAAAACGCGCCUACGACGCCGGCGAUAACAACUUCUACGUCAACAGAAAGCCACGGAAAUUGGAAUGCUGAUUUAGAAAGCCGUUUAGAAAGAUCCCGUAACGCGCACCUGCAGUUCCUAAGACAGCACGUACUGUCCAGUCUGGGCUGGACAACACCACCCAACAUUACGGCUGAGGAGAAGCGACAAAUUCUCAUGGGAAUUGGGUACCGGACACCGGUGUUUGUAACACGACAGAAAUUCUGCUAUUUCCCUGCAUGUGACCUUCCCCUUAUGGAGUUCCCGGAGUACAUGAACCGUUCCAUUUGGUUUGACACAUCUUCUCGAAACAUCCGCUAUUUCUUCGACAUCCCUACAGAGACUGACCCAAACCUCGAUAUCACUUCCGCUAUCGUGCGCCUCCAUCUCAAACGUCGGGAAGAUUGCCCAUGUGCCUACGAUAGUGACCACAGCACAAACCGGCUUCACAUAAAAAUAUACCAGUACAGAAAACCUAUUCGUUCACACGCAAGAUUAAACCACCGAAACAUGCGGCUGAUCGAUGCCAGAAUGGUCACGUGGGACAGCGCUCGCUGGGUGAAUUUGGAGGUUACAGAGGCCGUGAAGCGCGUGAUGUCACGUGGCCGACGGAACGGAGGAUUCGAGGUGCACGUACGAGACAUGGAGGAGAACGUCCUGGACGCUAAAACCGUCAUUGACCCAACUGUCUGCUCUUUUACUACAGAAUAUGACUGCACAGAUGAUACUGAAUCUCAAUAUGAAGAAGAGCCAACAGAGGUGAACUACUCUCCAGUUCUGGAAGUUACUGCGACCACUACCAGCCGAAUAGACUAUUCGUGAUCAUCUCUCGCCAAGAUGGGGACGGAUAAUUCGAUCUCAAAUUCUGGAUAAUUUAUUUGUUACACAAAGAUGUUCUUUUCCGGUCUUUUAAACUACAAGAUGUGCAUAUAUAUAGAUAAACUGUGCCUAGUUAUCAUACAAACAAGACAAGCGGAUGAGAUGCGUCAUAAAUUGUAUAGUAAAAGACUAAUUUAAGGGGAAUAUAAAGAUGCAUAUAUAUCUAGUAUUAUAUCUGCUCGUAAAUGUAUGGUACGCAUUUGAUGAAAGAUGUGGUUUCAAUUUCUUAACAUACCUAUCCGGCAGAAAAACAAGUUACAGGAAAAAAGUAUUAUCAUCUUUACAAUUAAAUGACUUUGGUAGCAUUUUUCAACUAUAAAAGUAACUCUGGAAAAACAAAACUCUGGUUUAGGUUAACAUAAUUAGUGACAUUUUAUGUAUUUUGAAAGAAAAUCAGAAUUUUGUUUUCUGCGCCUUGUUCUGAAGUUCAGACAGAAGUUUUUAGUGAAUACAACAGACUAAUCGAGGGGUGAAUGCGAAAAGGUUCUAAGUGACAUUAACUAAAGAAGCAGAUAGAAGCUUUUCGCUUUCACCCCCUCGAAAUGCACAAACACAUACCCUCUUGAAAGUCAGUGGAACAUAGUUAAAAAUUAAUUGUAUUGGCUUUGUGUAUGUAAAUGUACAUGUAUAUACUGAUAAACAUGUAAUGCAUUUAACAUUGCCUCUUAAAACUGAUAAUAACAUGUGUACAUAAGUUUCUAUAUGUAUUCACCUUGGUGCAACAACUCAAUAUCUGCUUCUAUAUUUAUAUGCAGUUAUUGAGUUAUUGCAUUAAGGGGACGAUGUAUUGUCA